GGAGAAGAGGGGGGUCUUUCCCUGGCCGGACGUCCCGGAUGAGGUCCCCGGCUGGUCGGGCCAGGCAGAAGCCAAGAGCUGGGUGAGGUCGGCGGCGCGGUCUCUUCCGCUUCUGGAGCCGCGGAGGCCACGGAAGAAGGUGACGGCUCCGAUCCCUGUCCCGGGCCUGCAGGUCCUCCUGGGCCUUUGCCAGGUGGCCUCGGUCUCCCACGCCUUCUCCUGCUCCCUCUCCACCCAGCGCGCCCGAGGGCCGCUCGUGGUGAGUGUAGCCGGGCACGGGAGACCUCGGAAGGGUGCAGGGAGCGCGGACUGACGCAAGAUUCGAGAAGAGGAACUUGCAACCAGCACGGAAAGAGCAAGAGCGGGUGGAGACAUAAAAGGCGGAGCGGGGUGGGUGUGGAGUCCCAGGCUUGGAGAGCGACAGGGCGGAGGUGACGGGUCCGCGCGUCCUGCAGACGGGAGGGGUGGGAGUAAGGUGCGGCAGCAGCGAGCCCAGAAUCCGGGUUCCCUGCACCCCGGAACGCCGGGUCGCAGGAUCCUUGGCCAGCACCCGGUCACCUGAGCGAAUUCUAGGAAACCAGCCGGGCUCUAAAUGCCGCCUUGGGGUUUAGGAUGAUGGUUAAAAGCAAGCCGACGCACCCUGAGACCCUAGUGCUGAGGGAAAACAGGGCAUGCUUUCUCCUAUAGGAGAGAACCAAAGUGGAGAACAGAACAUCCAUCACCCGUGUACCGGUAGGAGGAGAGCUGGGCAGAGGACAGAGACUUCUAGGAAGAGCGCGGCCCUGCGUGCCCUGCCCUGGUCCUGCGUCGAGGCUUCUCUUCCAGAGGGUGCAGGAAAACAACGACCACUGAAACAGCCUCAGGGCCGCGACUGUCGGCGAUAGAAAUGCGAAGUGAGCUUCACUUGGGGCUGCCGCAGUGAAGAACGGAACGCGCGGGUUCCGGCCCCCACGUUCCCGUACUUCCAGGGGAGGUGACCUCAGAGAUCCUAAGGCCGAGUGGAAAUGCACAUUCCAGCUCAUGUGGCACAUUCCCCGCCUAGCAGUUCUCAGUCUGUGACUCACCUUUUUAGUAGAAAAAAGUAGCCAGUGUUUCCUGUGCAGAAGCGCGGGUGCGGGCAAUUGAAGAGCAGCUCUGGACCCCAAACCAUGGAAGAGAACAGAGCUCGCUGCCAGGUCGUGAUCGGCGUGCUUAGCGUGGCCGGUGUGGUCGGCUUGGUCAUCUGCUACGCGGUCUUCUUCACAAGAACCCAGCCCGAGAUGGACAUGGCUGAGCUGCAGCUGAACCUCACAGGUCCCAGGCAGGAGCCCCGGCUGCGCUGGCAGGCUGGCCCGUCCUUGGGCCGCUCUUUCCUGCAUGGACCAGCACUUGUGGAUGGACAACUGCGUGUCCUCCGUGACGGCAUCUACCGCCUGCACAUCCAGGUGACCCUGGCCAGGUGCUCCCCCACGCAGGACGUCAGGGACCACAGCGCCACCCUGACUGUGGGCAUCUGCUCUGCCUCCAACAGCAUCACGCUGCUGCGCCGGGACUUUGGCCAGGAUUGCACUGUGGACCUGCAGCGCCUGACGCAGCUGGCCUCCGGGGACAUCCUCUGCAGCAACCUCACCCUGCAGGCUCAGCCCUCCCCAAAUGACUAUGAGACCUUCUUUGGCAUCCAGCAAGUCCGCUCCUGACCAACACCUGCUUGAUUAGGA